CAGUAUUUAGCAUCAUGGUGCAGUACUAAUCCGGGAACAACCAGAUCAUAGUGUGAUUACUCUCAUUUCCUCUUUCUUAUUCCCUACAACUACAAGUACAACUACAAUUUUGUUAUCAUCAGCAACAGAAAUUGUAACAAACGUCAAUUAUGUAUGUAUGUAUGUACCUAUCAAACCAGUUUGCGAAUGUACAUAUUUACAUACAUUCCAAUUAAUUCGAUUCCACGAAUAAAGUAGUCCAGUUUGUACGUAUCAUUUUGUUUGAAUUCCAACAUGCCGGAUCUAUUCGAAAUAAUCGUAGGGACAUACGAAGAGUAUUUACUCGGUUACAAAAUAAGCAAUACUGAUAACGAAUACAACAUAGUAAAAAGUUUCGCAACACAUAGCCAUGUCAGUAGCAUACGUAGCGUUGCGAGUAACAAAAAUAUUUUAGCAUCUGGUGGAGCUGAUGAUUCUGUUUAUUUAUACGAUUUACAUAACAGAGUAGAAUUUGGUAGAUUAAUGCACCAUAAUGAUACCGUCAAUUGCAUUGCGUUUACUCCUGAUACAUCUCAUCUGUUUUCGUGCAGUAGCGACGGAACCAUAGCUGCAAUUCGAUGUGGAAAUUGGCAAACAGAAAAACAUUGGCAAAAAUCGCAUAAGGGUUCAGCUGUUAAUACUUUGGCUAUUCACCCAACAGGAAAAAUAGCACUGUCUACUGGAGCAGAUGGAAUUCUGCGAACUUGGAAUCUAGUUAAAGGAAGACAAGCAUAUGCCACAAAUCUAGUCCCAAGAUUGAGAUCAGAUGCUAGAAAUGUAAACGUUCUUAAAUGGAGUCCUAAUGGCGAAAAGUAUUUAUUAGCUGUAAAUCAGAGAAUAGACGUAUAUUCCGUAAAAUCAGCGGGGAUCGAUAAUGAAUUAAAAUUCGACUCAAAAAUUAUUUGCGUAGAAUUUUUGAAUGAUGAUUUAAUUGCCGCUGGUUUGGAAAAUGGUCAAAUCAAGUUUUUUGAUCUUGAAAAAUCUGUGGAAAUUGUAGAAGUAGUUGCACAUGAUAAACGAGUGAAAUGUAUGGCUUUUAAAGAUAAUUUGUUAGUUACAGCUUCGAGUAAUGGGGAAAUUAAACUAUGGAGGUAUCGCAGACGCAGAUUAGAUAUGUUGCAAAAAGUUAAUUGCGGUGCUAGAAUUACCUGUUUAUCUCUUGCAAUGUUGUGUUAGAAUUAGUGUUCAACACUAAACCUACCACUUCGUGUAACACUUUGUGACCGAGUCCGGUCAAAGUGUUUAUGAAAAGUCAGAAAUUAUGAAGCGAUAUGAUAACAUUUAAAUAUGCUUAAAUUUGUGUAGAAGUUUGAAAAUGGUCAAUUUGACCAGCAGUGGUAAAUUUAGUGUUAAGUUAAAUA